AUGUACUAUGACUACCACAUACAAAACUUUACGAAGCAGCGUCUCCAUAAAACUUUGGAACCCGGUCAGGAGGCUUCUCUUUAUUACAGGUUCAGGCCAGCAGUUGAGUUAGCUGGUCGAUCAUUCGAUCUUUCUGUGGUUGUUUACUAUCACGAUAACAAUAACAUUUAUUAUGCCCAUAAGUUAUUUAGUCAAACUAUUAAUCUUUAUGAGAUUGAAGAGGGCGUAGACACACAGUUAAUAUUCCUCGUUGUUCUGGUGAUUGCUCUCAGUAUUGCAGUACUCAUUGGCGCGUGGCACUGGUUCACUUCAAAGGCUCAUCGUCGUCAGCCUACCAAACAGUCUUCGAAGUUGGUCGAAAAUAAUGCUGACAGCAGUGUAGUGGAGAAUGAAUAUUUAGCACUGAUCAAUGAUAAGUCUCAAGCGAAGAAAGGUCGAUCUGACCAGACGGUACGUCGCCGACAAGGAAGGCGUUGA